AUGGUAUCUGCAUCUGUUGAGGAACUAACUAAAUCCUUUAGUAGUAUUGGCUUUGAAGAACCAAAAAUUAAAGAGAUUUUGAAGAACCAAAAAGUUUCUUCAAUCUUGGACCACUUAGUUAAAUUGGCUCCUCCAUCGUCGAGCACCACCUGGACUAAACAAGAAAGAAGUUUACUUCAUAAUUUAGCCGGUUUAAUUAACAAAGCUAGUCCUAACAAAUCCUUAAAUGAACAAUACUCUAAAUUAAUUGUUGAAUACAUUGUCAAUGGAAAUUUGAAAACUAAUUUACAGGUAGAAUCGGCUUAUAAAUAUGCUACAGCAACUACUGGAGCUGCUAUUGAUGUUAAAGAUUUUGAAAAACAAACAGGUGUUGGCAUCGUAAUCACUGAAGAUCAGGUUAGGGACCGUGUUGCUAAAUAUAUCCAGGAAAACCUGGAAACAAUUCAAACUGAACGUUAUAAAAGUGUUCCAGGAUUAUUUGCCAUCAUUAAAAACUUGCCAGAAUUAAAAUGGGCCGAACCUAAAUACUUUAAACCCAUUAUUGACCAAGAGUUGCUAAAAGUGUUAGGUCCUAAAGAUGAAAGAGAUGUUAUUAAGAAAGAAAAAAAAAAGUCUUCAAAGGCCACCGGCACAAAAACUGCCAGCACAGCCACCACUACUGCAAAAGAAAGAUCCAUGUUUACCGAGGGGUUUUUAGGCGAUUUACACAGAGUUGGCGAAAACCCACAAGCUUAUCCGGAAUUGAUGAAGGAGCACUUAAAAGUUACUGGCGGUAAAGUUCGCACCAGGUUUCCUCCCGAACCGAAUGGUUACUUGCAUAUCGGUCAUUCUAAAGCUAUUAUGGUUAAUUUUGGUUUUGCAAAGCAUUGGGAUGGAGUUUGCUAUUUAAGAUUUGAUGAUACUAAUCCGGAAGCUGAGGCCCCAGAAUAUUUUGAAUCCAUAAAAAGAAUGGUUGAUUGGUUGGGUUUUAAACCAUGGAAAGUCACCUAUUCUUCUGAUUAUUUUGAUAGGUUGUAUGAAUUAGCAGAGGUUCUAAUCGAAAACGACAAAGGUUAUAUUUGUCAUUGUACCGCCGAAGAAAUCAAGCGCGGUCGUGGCAUUAGAGAAGACGGUACACCAGGUGGAGAAAGAAGGGCAUGUGUUCAUCGUGCAAGACCAAUAAAAGAAAAUUUAUUAGAGUUCAGAAAGAUGAGGGAUGGACACUAUAAACCGGGUGCCGCCAUUUUAAGAAUGAAACAAAAUUUGGAAUCGCCAUCUCCCCAAAUGUGGGAUUUGAUUGCCUAUAGAGUCUUGAAUGCACCACAUCCAAGGACCGGUGACAAAUGGAAGAUUUAUCCAACUUAUGAUUUCACUCACUGUUUGGUGGAUAGUUUUGAAAAUAUUACCCAUUCAUUGUGCACUACUGAAUUUUAUUUAAGUAGAGAAAGUUAUGAAUGGUUGUGUGACCAGGUCCAUGUUUACAGACCAGCCCAAAGAGAAUAUGGUAGGUUGAAUAUUACCGGUACUAUUUUGUCGAAGAGAAAAAUUGCCAAAUUGGUUAAUGGUGGCUAUGUGAGGGGUUGGAAUGAUCCUCGUUUGUUUACCUUGGAGGCCAUUCGUAGGCGUGGUAUACCACCAGGCGCCAUUUUAUCUUUUAUUAAUACUUUGGGUGUUACUACUAAUGAUAGUAAUAUUCAACUGGUUAGGUUUGAGAGUGCUAUUAGAAAAUAUUUAGAAGAUACUACGCCAAGAUUAAUGUUCGUUUUAGACCCAAUCGAAGUUGUGAUUGAUAAUUUAACGGAGGAUUAUUCUGAGUCUUGUGUCAUUCCAUAUAGACCAGGUUCCAAAGAGUUUGGUGACAGAACUGUUGUUUUUGGGAAAAAAAUAUACAUUGAAAGAAGUGACUUUAGUGAAAAAGUUGGUGAUAAAGAAUUUUUCAGACUAACACCAGAUCAACCAGUUGGUUUAAUUAGGGUCCCCCACACCAUAUCUGUUAAAUCUGUACAAAAAGACCCCGCCACAGGCAAGAUUAUAAGAAUAAUCGCUCAUUAUAAUAAUGAUGUCAAGAUUAAACCAAAGACUUUUAUUCAAUGGGUUCCAGAAAAAUAUGCAUUAAAAGUUUCUGAAACCAGAGUCUAUGAUCAACUAUUUAAAUCAGAGAAUCCAGCUGCUCAUCCAGAAGGUUAUUUGAAUGAUAUCAAUCCGGAAAGUGAAAUUGUCUAUAAGAACAGUGUUAUUGAGCCAAACUUCAAACAUGUAGUUGAAAAUUCCCCAUGGGUUGUUGACGAUGCUAAAAAGAGUGAAUUUUAUGUUGCGGAAAAGAAGGGUUGUAAGGAAAUUUGUAGAUUCCAGGCUAUGAGAGUUGGUUAUUUUACUUUAGAUAUCGAGAGUACUGAUGAAAAAGUUAUUUUGAACAGAAUUGUUAGCUUAAAGGAUAGUGUUUCGAAAUGA